CUCUGAUUUCUUUUACUACUACUACCCCUUCCUUCUCUCUCUCUCUCUAACCUUAUUCCCCCAACAUGGACAAUGCCAAUGCUCUCUUUCUCUCUCUCAUCAGCCCUGCCUUUAUAGUAGCAUCAAGCUUUCUUUCAUUCUCUCUCUCUAUGUCUAGAGGCACUUCCUUUUCUCUCAUCUCUCUAGUUCUCUAGAACACACACAAACCCCCAUACAAAAAUGAUAUGCCACUCAUGACCUAAUCACCCAAUUCCACUACUUCUACUACUCUUCUUCUUCUUCCUCCCUUUUCUUGGAACCAAACAACAGCAGCAACAACAAACAGGUGUUACUACUCUUCCACCAUUGUUGGUUAGCUAGCUAAGCUAAGCUUUGCUGCAGCGAUGAGCACCACAGCUGCUGCUACUGCUGCGGCUUCGUCUUCUUCUUCCGACGAAGCUACCGCCGCGGCCAUGGAAGCUCAUCCUGACCUCUCCCUCCACAUCAGCCCACCGUCCCCGCCGCCGGCCGCCGCCGAGCCGAGGCUGGGGCUGGGGCGGCUCACCGACGACGACGACACGGCGGCGGCGGCGAAGAGGAGCACUGAUGAUGAGCGGCGGCGGCUGCACCAGCCGAUCCAGACGGCGCAUGGGUUCAAGAAGAGCUCGAGCUCCGGCGCCGGCGCCGGCCGGAAGAGGAGCGCGAGGGCUCCGAGGAUGCGGUGGACGACGGCGCUGCACGCGCACUUCGUGCACGCGGUGGAGCUGCUCGGCGGCCAUGAGAGAGCAACACCAAAGUCAGUCUUGGAACUGAUGAACGUGAAGGAUCUUACUCUGGCUCAUGUUAAGAGCCAUCUGCAGAUGUAUAGAACUGUGAAGGGCACAGACAGAUCAUGUGUUGCAGUUGCAGGCCAUGGCCAUGCCAGAGAGAUGGGCUUCCUGAUGAGAAGAGGUCUUGUUGCUGAAGUGGAUGUCUUUGAUGGAUUCAACAACAACAUGGUCAACACUACUUCCAACAAUACUACUGCAAGCAGGAAGUCCCAGUCACCAGGAGAGCAGCAGCAGCUGCAGGAUCUUCAGAACGGUUGGCCGCCUCAUUACAUCGCAGCAUCUGAAUCUGAUCACCUCUUGAUGGAGCAAAGGUUAAUGCAGGAGAUAUGGAAGGGAGCAGCAGCAAACGAUCACCAUGAUCAGGAAGAAGCCGCCGCUGCACCACCUCAUCACGAGCACGGCCGCCGCCGUCUUGACGGACAGAUCGUCGCCGAGCGGCCGCCGCCGCCGCCGUCGAACACGAGCAGCAGCAGCGGCGACACGAUGGCGAGCUCUCUCGACUGGCUGCUGGCGCCGCUGCCGACGCGGCGGCAGAAGAACAAGUACAGGAACAACAACGACGACGACGGCGAGACGGCGCAUCACCGUGAUGAAGCUGCGGCGGCCAUGGCCGGCGGCGUGAAGGAUCCGAGCCUGGAGAUGAGUCUGGGGAGGCAGGGGUGGCAGAUCACGAUGGAGCAGUGCAGCAGCGUGGAGUCGUCUUCGAAGGAGCUAACCCUCCUCAAGUGCUUGUGAAAUUAACUAAUUAUUAAAAACACUCAUGCCCUUUUACUUAUUACCAUUAAUUAUAUUACUAUUAUUAUUAGUGGUUGGAUCAAAUGAGAUCAG